AUGGCAUCGCGAGUCGUUCUGUUGCUGAUUCUUGGACUAUCUCUAGGACGAGGUGACAAGUUGUCAAGCGGGACAAACAUCAGCAAAGUGCUUCCAAAGCUCAAAAACUCUGAUCUGAAGAAGCUUGAGUGUGCCUUAUUGUCUACUACUAUUGAAGGCAGUCCUCUCAAUCUGGACUCUAUUACAAAUGCUAUAUUAAAUGAUGAUUUUGAGCAGAAUAUUGGCUUAAUACUGGAAUUAGGAAACGCUGUUCGAGUUCCGGAGCUGAAGCACGCCAUCUACGAGAUUCUGUGGAAGGAAUGUAAGAGAUAUUAUGCGCUCUAUGAGCCCAGAUAUAUUCUGGAAUACUAUGAGAAGCAGUCGAAUAAUCCGCCAGAUUAUAAGGAACUUGUUUAUCAGAAAUUCAUCGCCGAUAGCAGUUCAUACGCCACUUCAGCACUCAACGUCGGCCGUGACUCAACCGAUUGCUCGAAGGUCGCCGAAGAGCUACUAUUUUUGUCGCAAAUUUCACCGAAUUAUAUGAAUGAUGUAUUCGAGGCGGUGUUCAACAAGGAGCUUGCUAAGACAUCCCCUCUGAGUUUGGCUGAACGUCUGAAGGAAUUGGGCAAGUACAAUGCCAGUUUGUCGCAAUUAGCCACGAUCAACAUUCAGCUGCUUAAUCGCACCGAGAUCCAGUCAAAUUCGAGUGCGCAAGCAGCGGUGCUAGAAAAUCUUCAACAUUUGGCGAUCCAUCCAGAUUUUGUUGAGGAGGUGGAGUACUCCCUGCGUCUUAAAUUAUACGGAUUUCUGCCGUCCGGUAUUGGUUUGCUGUACACAGCGCAGAAGGUGUGUUUGCACAAGGCGAACAACAACAACGAUUACCUUUAUGAGUGUCAAGGUCCGACCAAUAUGUGCACCCGUGAACGAAACUACGAACGAGCAUCCUUCGAAGUGCAGCGCAAGCAAAUUGAUGCUAAGAACAGGACACAGUUUGCUUUUCUGAGUACCCAUUUUCUUAAUCACUCGCUGGCAAUAGAACAAACGGAAGUCACCAGGAACUUGUACGGUCGAGACCAAAUCGACUUGUGGCACGUGAAACAGGUGCAGGAGGGCGUGGCACUCCACGAUGCUGCCACAUCCGACUCCUUGAUCUGUGGCGGCAAUUCAACACUGUGGAAUAAAGAAAACCAUUUUGCAUACACGCUCGAGGCAAAAGACUUCGAUGCCCAUCGUGAGGAGUGCACUUGGAUCGUAGAGGAUUGCAGCAAUAAACAAUAA